AUGAACUACCCUCUGACCCUGGACGUGGACCUCCUGAACUACAGCCUGGAGGACAUGUACAAGGAGUUUGGCAACUACAGUGACAGCACAGUGUCCCCGCAGGAAAACUACUUCUGCUCCACAGUGGAAGGGCCUCUUCUGACCUCCUUUAAGGCCAUGUUCAUGCCUGUGGCCUAUGGCCUCAUCUUCCUCCUGGGCAUGACGGGCAACAUCUUGGUGCUGGCGAUCCUGCAGCGUCACCGGCAGACACGCAGCUCCACGGAGACCUUCCUGUUCCACCUGGCGGUGGCAGACCUCCUGCUCGUCUGCAUUCUGCCCUUCGCCGUGGCCGAGGGCUCUGUGGGUUGGCUCCUGGGCACCUUCCUCUGCAAGGUUGUGGUCGCUCUGCACAAGGUCAACUUCUACUGCAGCAGCCUGCUCCUGGCCUGCAUCGCCGUGGACCGCUACCUGGCCAUUGUCCACGCGGUCCACACCUACCGCCACCGCCGCCUCCUCUCCAUCCACAUCACCUGCGCCACCAUCUGGCUGGCGGGCUUCCUCUUGGCCUUGCCAGAGCUCCUCUUCGCCAAGGUCAGCCCCGGCCAUCGCAACGACUCCUCCCUGCCACGCUGCGUCUUCUCCCAGGAGAACCAGGCCGAAAGCCACGCCUGGUUCGUCUCCCGCUUCCUUUAUCACGUCGGUGGGUUUCUGCUGCCCAUGCUGGUGAUGAGCUGCUGCUACGUGGGGGUGGUGCACAGGCUGUGCCAGGCCCAGCGGCGGCCACAGCGGCAGAAGGCGGUCCGGGUGGCCAUUCUCGUGACGAGUGUCUUCUUUCUCUGCUGGUCGCCCUACCACAUCAUCAUCUUCCUGGACACACUAGUGCGGCUGAGGGCCAUGGGCACUCGCUGUGAACUGAGCGGCUACCUCUCCGUGGCCAUCACCACGAGUGAGUUCCUGGGCCUGGCGCACUGCUGCCUCAACCCCGUGCUUUACACCUUCGCCGGGGUGAAGUUCCGCAGUGACCUGUCUCGGCUUCUCACCAAACUGGGCUGUGCCGGCCCCGCCUCCCUGUGCCAGCUCAUCCCAAGUUGGCGCAAGAGUAGUCUCUCUGAGUCAGAGAAUGCCACCUCCCUCACCACCUUCUAG